AUUUUGCUUCCACCAUGAGCGUCAGCACCCGUGUCUACUCGGUGGCCCGUGUCUACGCAGAUGUCAACUCCAACAAACCAUCGGAAUAUUGGGACUACGAGAACCACAAGAUCUCGUGGGGCAACAUCAAGAACUACGAGAUCAUCUCGAAGAUCGGUAGGGGCAAAUACUCAGAAGUGUUCCAGGGGGUGAACGUGCUAAACGACGAGCCCUGUGUUAUAAAAGUGUUGAAGCCAGUUAAGCUAAAGAAGAUCUUUCGAGAAGUCAAGAUUCUCCAGAACCUCACAGGGGGUCCAAACGUCAUUGGCUUGUUGGACAUCGUUCGUGACGAGCAGAGCAAGAUCCCAGCUUUGAUCUUUGAAAAGGUGUCCAAUGUCGAUUUCCGGGUCUUAUAUCCCAAAUUCACCAUAUCCGAUAUCCAGUACUACUUCACUCAGUUGUUAAUAGCAUUAGAUUACUCGCAUUCUAUGGGCAUUAUCCAUCGAGACGUCAAGCCCCAGAACAUCAUGAUUGACCCAAUGAACAAAAAAUUACGUUUGAUCGACUGGGGGUUGGCCGAGUUCUACCACAUGGGAAUGGAUUAUAAUGUCCGUGUAGCGCUGAGAUACCACAAGGGCCCAGAGCUCUUGAUCAAUCUCCAACAGUACGACUACUCGUUAGACUUGUGGUCUGUAGGCUGUAUGCUCGCAGCAAUAAUAUUCAAGAAGGAGCCGUUCUUCCGUGGUGACUCCAACAACGACCAGUUGGUCCAAAUCGCAAAAGUAUUGGGAACAGAAGACUUGAUGAAUUACGUCUCCAAAUAUGGCUUGAAACUCUCGCUGGACUACGACGACAUCCUCGGAAAUUACCCCAGAAAGCCAUGGAAGUCGUUCAUCAAUAACGAAAACAAGCACUUAAUCUCUGAUGAAGUCGUUGAUUUGAUCGAUAAAUUGUUGACGUUCGACCACCAGUUGCGCCCAACAGCAGAGGAAGCCAUGGACCAUCCCUUCUUCAAGUUAUAGACUAGCUCCUCGUUCUGCAUUCUUGUAAUAUACUAAUAUAAUCAUCUCUUGCAAGUAAAGUAGUAUUCUACGAUGUAGU